UUCAUAUGGUGGUUUAGAUUUAAGUACACAAUGUCUAGCACCAUUUGAAAUCAGUGUUUUUGGGGGAAGAAUGGCUACGCAUUGACCCGUUUCGGAGUCCACCUUGGUUCCCAUAGGCUUCCGAUAAAAGCUUCCGCGACCAGCACAUUUACAUUGGAUUUAUUGCCUCUCUUUCAUGUACAGCCUCAGCAGUAAAACUGAGUUAAUCAUUAAGCCAGGUUAGACCAUUGAAAUGGUCUAAAUAGACCUGGCCGUCUUAGGCAAGUCAGGAAGAUACUGGGCCUUGGAAGCGAGCGUGUUUAUGCAUCCUUUGAGAAUGUCAUUGACAGAAGAUUGCAAAUAGGAGAGAUUCAGAGCUGAUUGCAAGAAAGUUUAAAUAAGAUGACUAGGCAGAAAACCUCUUUUUUCCGGAAUGGUUUCUGUGCCACAUGGUCACCAUUUAAAAAUAAAUUAAGUGAGCAAAUAUCUAGGGCAGCUGGCUGGAAAUUUGUCGGAUUUGUAUUCCCAUGUAUAUCAUGCCAACCACCUGAAAUCCCGAACAAGAGCAGGGUUUGUUCUAUUGGUAUAAUUAAUAUCCCGUUUCCUAGUCGGGGUUUAUAAAUACGGAAGUGAGGGUGGCUCUGUCAAAAUACUCGGCAGCCACAGAUGCAAAGUUCGUGGAUUCGCAGAUUCCAGUGACCCCUUUAAAGGAUAACUGAUUUCUUCUGGUGUUCGGAGUCUAUUCUUCUUUCUAGCACCAUUUGAAAUCGGUUAUAGUGAUUGGGGAAUGUCUCCCUGUUUGAACCCAAGAUCUAGACGUGAAGGCUAAGAUCCAUCAGGCGGCCUUUGGGAUUACGAGAAAAAAGUUGCAACCGGGACACGUUGUGGUUCUCCCGUUUGAAAGGACACGAGAAACAAUCGACACAGCGUCCCGUGGUUGUGAAACCAAUUACAAAGAAAGCUGCACUUCGCAGCAGUGGAACCGUAAGUGGAAGAUUGUCUUUCUCUCUUGAGUGUGCACACAGGGAGAAAACCCGCCAUGUCUCAUUCCAGGAACACGUUCAUCGCCACGAACAGUGACUUAACAGAAUAACAGAGCUGGGAGGGACCUUGGAGGUCUUCUAGUCCAACCCCCUGGUUAGGCAGGAGAGCCUCUACCAUUUAAUGGAUUUCAUGGUCGCUGCUGAGGAAGGAAGAAAAGGACUGUGGAAUAUCUCCAGCUCUACAUUUCUCUGCUUUCACGCAUUCUCAUUCAGCAAAACAAUAACUGCACUCCACAAUGUGUGUGACUGGCCACAGGUACAGCAGGGGCCAGUUGAUGUUACUCACUCCACUGAGGUGUCCCUCAUGCAGCAGGAAAAGGUCUGGCUGUACCCUAUUAUGUGUCAUUACUUUAUGGACAUUGGUAAGGCUCCUGAGAGUGUUGACGGAAGACUGAGCAGCGUAUUGCGGAAUGACGUAACCCAGCCUUUUCUACUUAGCUGCUUUUCAGAUGCGUAAAUGAAGACUGAAUCAUCAAGGCCCAAAGUAUCUAAAAAGGAAGAGGGAGGGAGGGAAGGAGAGAGAGAGAGAGGGAGAGAGAAGCAUGAUGCUCACCUUAGAGCACAUUACAUGGAUCUGUAGCCCGCUUACGAAAAAGCUGCUGCAAAUCCUGGCUUGGUCCAGUUACACUGCGGAGUAGGCAGCAAACAAGGUUCCCAGGUCCUCAGCGGGAACAGCUGCAUGCACAGAAGUGGCAGGAAAGUGGGGUGGCCUUUUCCUUGGGUACAAAAAUGGGAGGCUUGGCCUCAUUCCCUUCCAGCCUCUCCAACCAGAACAAGAUUGGAAGGUGGCUCUUGAUUCGGGCCACUUCACCGUUUCAGAGGCAUUCAAGGAUUCAGAGCUUUUCUCUGAAGAUACGAUGUGACCGUUCAAGACUUCCUUCCUUCCUGCAAAGCAGAUCCUCUUGCCCUCACAAUCCUCCUGCUCCUGUUCAUACAGUAGCGGGCAAAAUUGUGGAAACCUUUUGGGAAAAGCGUAUUUUCUAAAACAAGCUAAUAACAUCACUUUUUGGGGGGAAUUACCAUAAAAUUACAUAUCAAUGGAAAGAUAAUUUAAUCAAGAAUGUAAUGCAAUAACUUUUAUGAAGGAUUUGCUAUUAGAAUAGCAGUUACAGUAUAAAGAAGAAAAGUUAAACACAUAGAAAAAACAAGAUAUACAAAAAUUAUCACCACGUCAGUUAAUACUUAGUUGGGUAGCCUUUAGCAUGAAUGACGGCCUUACAACGUCUUCCCAUGGAGUGAACCAAGUCUUUGAGUUCUGCAGCUGUUCUAAUGUGAAACCAAGAUUGAAUGAUGGCUUCUGUUAACUGGGUUUUAUUGCUGGGUCGCUUCUGACUAAGAAGUUUCUAUAGUCGGCUCCAUAGAUUUUUCAGUUGGGUGAAGAACUGGGCUAUUCCCAGGCCAUUCCAGCAGUGGAAAAUUAUUAUCUUGAAACUCCAAAAAAAGUGGUGUAAUUAGCCAUUAAACCUCAAAAAUACACUUUUCCCAAAAGGUUUCCACAAUUUUGGCCACUACUAUAUAUCUAUAUUUCCUUGGUUCCUUUUUCAUCCCUAAUAAACAUUUUAGAUGGAAACCGAAGAGGACACAAUUGAACUGUGCACAAAAGGCAGGCUGUUCUGCCGUAACUUCAGGUAGUAAUUGCAGCCUCUAGGCACAAGGGGGAGCCAGAGUUUAUAGGAGAGCCCUGAUUGUGAAUUCUGUCUUUGCCUGCUUUAAGAUUGACUUGGUUGUGUGUUUGUGACACCACGGCUUGCUGAAAAUGGCACACUUUCCUGGUUUAUAUGUGUAAAUUCAUACUUCGUACGUCCGCACAACAUAUUUAGCUCUACCAAGCUGACCGAUUUUCUGAAUCCAAAUAGUACAUUGAACAAAGCAGCAGUUGGCGCAACACAUUAAGCUAAAGAUCAUCAUCAUCAUCUAAGAUUAACACUAACCUUGGUCCGUGAACCCUGGCCUGCAAACCACAGUGACUGAACCACCACACUGUGGUUGAGUGCCAUGAAAAUUAGGUCAGUGUCUUAUAGCCACGGUAUUUUUUUUCCCCAAAAGGCAAUUUGACUUUCUUCUUGUUGCUUUUUUCUUUGAAAACGUUUUGCUUCUCGUGCAAGAAGCUUCUUCAGUUCAUGACAACCAUGACUUGAUUUGAGAGUCUCCAUUGACAUUUAUCCAGUGUCUACAGGGGUUUUUUUUUGGCACAGUGGUGGAAAAAUUUUUGCAUCUGGGCAAAAGUUCAUUUAAGCAUUAUAUUGAUUUUAAUCCAAUUUAACUAGCAUAGGCUUUCCAAUUGUAAUUCAACAAAACUGAGCAGGAAUGGGGCAUUUCUGGAUAGUUUUAAGGACAAGAAUCUAGUGUUACUCCCGUUUAAAAUAUCUGUUUCCUAUAAUACAUACUCCAUUGAAAAUUGUUACAGGGGCAUUGUGAAGUUACAUCACUGUACAUGUGUCAAUACGUUGGCAUCCUUGUGAUUUGCUGGAGGUACAGAUGGUUUCCGGCAUAUCCUUAGUUUGAAUUGCACACAUUGGAGAUAGGCAAACAUGGUGAAUAUUUGUUUGUGACAAUAUCUGGAAUUCGUUUAUUAAAUGUGUACAUGGCCCAACUCCCAGCAACUCCGGGCAGUUCACAAGGAGAAAACACUCCCCGUCCCCCAAUGCAAUAAUAAAAAGAACAAAAGAUGGCAACAACCAGAAGCAGACUCACUCACACUAUCCAAGUGACUCUAAUCAAAGGCAUCUGAUUAUAAAGGCAGAUAAGAGGGAAGAUGAUACAGAGCUGAUCAUGAAUAGCAUGGAAAUAUAGUCAGCUAUCUUAAGGCUUUUAAGAACUGGGCAAGUUUUGAAACUAUAAAAGCCGCAAAUCACAACCACCACUUGAAACUUAACACAUCAGGCUAUUCAAGGAAAGGAGAAACACUCUCGGGAAGGCCUGAGUGUAAAAGGAAAUCUUUUUUUAGCCUCUUCCUACUCUCACAAAAUCAGAACUUGGGUCAUCUUCAGAAGCUCAACACAAGAAGGUUCAAGACAAUACAGUUAAUAUUAUGUAGUUUGCCGCCAUGGAAGGGUUGGUAGCCACCCAUGAAAAUGGCUGUAACAGGUGCCCAGCUAUUCACUGGAAAUCAUGGGGAGGGGGGCAGUGGGAUAGAUGGAUGGAGAUGCCUCAAGUCACCAACCUCCUUUCAAGUUUGUGUAUUCCUCAUUUGGAAUGUUUUCAAAGAAAAAUCCAAGAAAUUCAAGUUACCUUUUGGAAAAAAAGUUUCUUGGAACAAUAUCGCAUUCUCCUUGGCGGCUUGAUCUCUCCUCCUGGACCAGCCCAGCCCCAACCACUUCCAUUUCUCCUCUUCUAGGCUCUUCAAGCCUCAACCCCAACCCCCCUCUAGACUCUCUGCUGGCAGCCAAGAUGCUCCUGAAUCUUUUGCAACCCACAAAUUGUCCAGCUAAGAGGAAUAUCAGCCAAGCAAAGCGUGUCAAGUUUUGUGCUUUCUCCUUUUUUAAUUAUUUAUCCAAUAGAAAGAAAGGAAAGUAUAGAAAGUGAAAUGUGCAAAAGAAAAAAAAAUACAGAAAAGAAAAGAACAGGAAGAAUAUAGUGAAGAAAGGAAAGAAAUAUAGAAAGAAAAUAAGACUGUUUAGGACGUGUGAUAAACACAAGAAGAAAGGAUCUAUCAAUGUAGAAAUGAAAUAGUAAAAUACAACGUGGUGGUGAAUUGUUGAUAUAGAGACAAUGAAAGGAUAUUGGAAGAAAUGUCAAGGAUGUGGAUACAAAUUAGACAUUGGGAAGAACUUGUUGACAGUAAAAGCUGUCAGUCAGUGGCUCCCGUGUAGGGUGGUUUCUUUAAGCAGAGGCUGGAUAUUUAGUAAGGAUAUCCAAAUACAGGGAGAUUUAAAUCUAUAAUUCUAGGAUCCUUUGACUUUAAAGAACAUCUUUUUAACUGAUCUUAGCAGCUGAGCAAGUAAUUCAAGCUAUACCAUUUCUGCACAACCAGCAGAUUCAAUUCAGCACUCUGCUCAGGAAAUAUAUUGCAAAGAAAAUCAAAAUAUUACUUGGGAGUCCUGCCAAAAUGUUCUAUUCACAUUUUUCCUCAAAUGAAGAAAUCUGCUUUUGAAUUCAAUGACUUGCCACCUGGGGAUAUUCUAAACGAAUGCAUUUGCCUAUCCCGGUCCAUUCUUAUCCUUAUCUCACUAUGAAAUGGCCAUACUAGAGAGAAUAAAAUACCAGUGAGAGAGCGCCUUUGUAAUGGAUGCGGAUGAGAUUCAAUCUUGAUUAUUUUUUGGAUUGCCAGAACAGGCUACGUUGUAAAGAGCCAGGCUGGAUUUAUUAGCAGAAGGUUAAAAGCUAUGUAAAUUGCAGUUACUGAAAAUAGGGUUGUCAACAAUGGAAGAUAAUUCCCUUUACAUUGCCUAAAGGACUAUUCAAGAUUUGUUUCUGGUACCGCCAUGGUCACUUCCUCCUGUUUCCAUGCUUUUCAGUCCCAUUUAUGAACUGUAAAUUCUUACAAGAAGAACAAGGAGGGGGGGGAAAACUACAUGGAAUGAAUUUUUCCACCAUCCUUACUUGUUACAUCUUCGUGUGUAAAGUCAGAGAUGUCUUCUUCUCUUGAUGCCCUUUUGGAAAAAAAGAAGGUUGAGAUACAAGAGACUGUAGAUUGUGACGAAGAUGAGGAAAACCCAGUUUGUGAUGCCCCCUCAACUACAGAAGCCCCCCGAUGAUGGGCUUUGGCCAGUCCCUCCCCAUCAGUCAAGAGCCCGAGUGGGCUAUUGACUGGCAGACCCAGCUUCAGGCCUACCUUCAGCUUGAUUUUGGGUCUCAAUGGGUCUCUCUUGGCUCCAUUUCACAGGGAGUAUGUGGGAAGAGGAAGAGGAAAGGUUAGGUGUCUUGAGCUCCCAAAACCAAAGGCCAUUUCUGAUUUCCAAGGCUUCUGUCUACGACAGUGAUUGGCAACUGAGAGUCGUUUACCUGAUAAGAGCAACUGUGGCAGCUGGAUGAUAAUGGUGUUACCCAGUCAGUCGUGUCUGACUCUUGGCGAUUCUUUGGGCCAGGCCUCUCCACAUCGCUACUUCUUUGAGUUGUUCCAUGCUCAGCUUUGGUGUCACCUUUGAUGGGUCUUCAGCCACCUUGUUCUUCAGUGACCUGAUUUCAUCCAUAACUGAAUAAAUCUUUCUUAUAAAUGGCCAAGAUCCUAGCGAGUGGAAGUCGUCAUUUCUGGAUUAAAGCAGAUGGUAUAACGUUGCCAAGACUGAGAACAGUUGCCUCUCCCCAGCCCACUCCAUCCCACCUGGCAGAGAAAGGCAUGCUUGCAGGUGCUUUCAGUUAGGGGUCUACAUCUGGUGGGUACCUUCUCUGCCAUGAUGCCUAUCUUGUGGAGCCUUUACCCCCUUGAAAUUAGAUUGGCCCUCCCUUGGAUUUUUCAUAAGGUCCUCAAGACCUGGAAUUGCUGCCAGGCCUGGGGCACUCCAGGACCAAAGAUCUCUCCCCAUGAUUCCUUUGUUGAGGGAGCUAUUUUUAUCCUCCCUUUGCCCAGGGUUAAAAGUUUUGUGUUCUUGCUAAUUGUUAUCGAGACGUUUUCUAUUUUUAUCAAUUUUAUAUUGGCUCAUGUGUUUAUUGUGCACUGCCUAAAGCUGUCUUUUGGGGAGAUGGGCCGCAAUAUAAAUUUGAUUAAUAAAUCAAUAACUAAAUUCUUGGAGAGAGAUCUCAUGAGCAAGAUACCUAUAUAGUGUCUCCAGACAUAGGUUUUGGGGCAACAACAACAGCAACUUGUGGGGUGCUGCUGCCUUCCUAUGAAACCACACAGUGGCCUGCAAGAUUACAUCCGUUUGGUUUGCAGAGUUUCUGAGAUCCACAACUGUAAGAUUAUAGGUUAGUAUUUGGACAUUCUCAGUUUUUAAAUAGUCUUAUUUAAUGAGUGAUGAAGGAAUUGAUAUUAUUUCUGGCUUAUUCUGCAGUCAAGGAGCAAGAGGUUGGUUAACCUGCUCCGCUGAGGAAUUGGUGAAUUUCUGGAUUUUUUUUUCUCACAAUUGUAUCCAUUUUUAAUCUCAAAUUCUUCCCAUUUGUAAGAAGGAAAGAUGGGUAGAUAUUGAUGAAUUCAUUAUUUAAAAUGAACCAACGAUGUUCCCGUGAAUCUACACCAACCAAAUUCAACAAUCACAUAUACUUCACUCAUAGAGGACUAGUUUGGGGACCGUAGUUCUUGCAUUUUAAGAAGCAUAAUAGCUGCCAUAAACGUCUUCAAAAUCUAGCACUAAUUUCGCUCUUCAUAUUUCUCAACUCCAAAAAUUGCGUCACUUUUGCAACUUUUGCCACUCUGGCUUAAAGUUUGGGUGGCUUAUUAACUCCAGGCCUGAAGUGCGAAUGGCCCCUGGGACUCAGCUGCCAUUGUUAAAGACGAGAAAGCUCUCCAAAAAACAGUGACGGUUUUUGUGAGCACCACAAACGAGCCCAGAACUUUGCAUUCUGAAUUGGAAAAACUCAAGAUUGUAGAGCUAAGCCCUCAGAGCCUUUCGUAAUUUCAUUUUCUUCCCUGUCUAAACUCUUAUUACAAAUAGACAGAUGUGUCAAGUUCUUUUUUUUUUUUAAGAAGCCCAAAAGCUUAAUAAAAAUUUCACUUGCCUCCAGCUUCCUAAUCGAUGGAAAACAAGGCGCAUCGCAAUCAGGCUGGCGCUAGCUUCCCUUUUAAUACCACACCCAGGUUUUCUGAUGUGCGCAUCCAGAUGGGAUUCUGGUACAUAAACUCCUCCAGCUUGAAUUGCAAAUCUGAGGUAAACUAGGGCGUUCUUUAAAAAAAUAAAAUAUUAUCAAGACGGAUGUUUUAGAAUUUAGAUUCCAGACUCAUCCUUGCAUUUAUUGCUUCAGCUCCUGGGGGCAAUUUUUCUGUUCCUUUAUAAAUCCUAGUCGUGGAGAGAUUUUUCACAGCCUGGACUUUCUUCUCAAACUUCAGACUUGUCCACGCCAUUCUCACCUUCAUCUUCUCCUGCUCCAAGGAUUGCACAGCCAAAGGUGAGUCUUGCACCCUAAAAGAUGGCUUUAGGAAGCGUUUUUUUUCGGUGUGUUUGGAAUAGCUGCUGUAUAUCAUAAUAACCCAUCCUGUACUUCUGAAUAAAUAUUCAAACUCUGAUGGAUUCUUUGCCUGAACUGUUUGCCAGCAUUUACUUUGGGUGCAAAUUGGGUUAAUGAUAGACCCAUUUCGUUGUUUCCUUGCCAAUCAAACCAGGUUGCAAUUCAGAAAAUAAUUAAGGGAAAUAAGCUCUACAGAGGAGCAUCUCGGUUUUCCAGGACUCUGCAAGUAAAGGCUGGGUUUCUAUAACAGGCUUUUCCCCAAAGGAUACCCUGAAUCGGAACCGAACCAAACAGCUGCUUGAGCUCUGUUGAGCGUAUUAAGCCACAAAAAAGCUAACCAAGGCUAAAACUAAGUUGUACGAAUGCAGCCCAUAGAUAUUUAACUGGCCUGUUUUUGCACGUUACGGGAAGCAAGCUGUAGAACUAGGAUGGGUGAAUUGGGGCUCAGUUCAGGGCAUCCAGAAUGAGUGACAGUUCAACUCCAGAUGAACGUUAAAAGUUAGAACUUCUUUGGACACUGAUCCCACAGUCAAAUGCUCUUUCUGUUAGGUCAUUUUUUCCCCUACAUGGAGUUGGCACCUGCCUUUUGGUAACCAAAGCCUGUUUGGCCUAAAUCUUAGUGUGACUGAGAAGAGGUAUUUGGUCACUGCGAUCUAAGUAUUCGAUUACGAUGUUAUGCAUUCAGUCAUGUCUGACUUGGUGAUUCUCUGAGCCAGGUCCCUCCACGUCUUCUAAUCUUGCACUGUUGUUCCAUCCUCUGGCUGCUGUCAGUUUUGAACUACAUAUUUAGGAAAGAUAAUACUGGGGUUCAGGAGAAAGAGUUGCUAUACAGUGAGUGCUUUCCUAUACGGGUAGUAGUCCUCAAAUUACGAUCAAAACAGAGCCCAAAAGUUAUCUUGCUAAGUGAAACAUUUGUUAAGUGAGUUUUUGCCCCAUUUUAAGACUUCUUGCCACGGUUGCUAAGUGAAUCAUUGCAUUUCUUAAGUAAGUAACCCUGUUGUUAAGUGAAUCUGGCUUCCCCAUUGACUCUGCUUGUCAGAAGGUUUGCAAAAGCUGAUCACAUGACCCAGGACCCUUCAACCCAGGGGUGAAAUCCAGCAGGUUCUAACAAGUUCUGGAGAACCGGUAGCGGAAAUUUUGAGUAGUUCGGAGAACUGGCAAAUACUACCUCUGGCUGGCCCCAGAGUGGGGUAGAAAUGGAGAUUUUACAAUAUCCUUCCCCUGCCACACCCACCAAGCUACGCUCACAGAACCGGUAGGGAAAAGUUUUGGAUUUCACCCCUGCUGCAACCGUCAUAAAUAUGAGUCAGCCUGUAAUUGGACAGCCCCUUGAUUGUGCCAGCUCUUGGGAACUCCCCCCCUUUUUUUUUUGAAAAAAGUUUUUCAUUUUUAUUUCUUAUACACAUAAUUGUACAUUUCUCUUAUAUAUAAUUGGUCAUUCAUAUACAUAUUUUUCUUAAAGUAUAAAAAUAAGGCAUUUUAAUUACAUUUGGGGUUGCUCUUCUACCCUUUCUUUUCCCUUGUUUCACAACAACCCUCCUCCUUUCCCUUCCCUGCCUCCUCUCCUCUCCUACUUUCUCCCUCCUCUCCUUCCUCUUCCUACAUCCCCUUCCUUUCCCCUGCUCCUCCCCUCUUUCCCCCCUUUCUCACCUUCUCUCCUCCUGUCCCCUGCCUUUUCUUCCUCUCCUUUCCCCUUUCUUCCAUUCCUCUCUCUCCCUCUCCUCUUCUUACCCUCUACUCCUCUCUCCUUUCUUUCUCCUUUCUUGUAGAAUAUUUUCCUUGUUCGGUAUCCGAGCAAUUCCAAUAUUCUAAUAAUAUAUACUUUCUUUUCACUUUCUUUUCAAUUUUACUUCAUAAUUGUACAUUUAUCCUUAUAGUCUUCUUUCUUUCCCCCCCCCUCCCCGGGAACUUUCCCCUUAUAUUUACAAAAUCUAGGGAGCUGCAGAGCUUCUUUCUACAGGCAGGACAAUGAUUUUUCUGAAUUGCAACCUGCAUAUUCCUUAUUUCUGUUUUGGUUCGUCUGAUCAUAGAAAGGAGUUCUUGACCAUCCUCCCUGCAUCCAGAUACUAUCAUCUUUCCCCUAAGUUGUGAUUCUGUUCAGAGAUUGCUUCUUAGUAUCCCAGAGUUCUGGAGUUGAUAACUUUGUAGGAGGACGGCCGUGUUAAUCUGUAGGGGCCACAAAUCCAGAGGAAUCUGGUAGCCCCCUUUCUAACUAACAAUUGAUUAAAAGCAUCAUCUUUUACGAGCUGCAGGCCACUUCAUUGUAUGCAUAGGGAGAUAGAAUUGGAAGGCAUUAAUCCAUGUUCUGCUUCUCUUGUCACGUUAAAGCAAAUAACAGAAUAGCUUGAGUUGGAAGGGGCCCUGGGGGUCUUCUAGUCCAACCCCCUGCACAAGAAGGAGACCCUAUAGCAUUUCAGACAAAGGUUUGUCCAAUCUCUUCUUAAAAUCCUACCGUGAUGGAGUACCUGCAACUUCUGAAGGCAAGCCGUUCCAUUGAUCAAUUGCUCUGUCAGGAAAGAAGCACAAGCAAAAAGGUGUGAAUGUGGACAGCAAGAAACAGGGUAGAAAAGAAAGCGGUGGCACUAUAGGCCGUGGUGGAGGAAACGGGUUCUCGCUCGUUGUGCGAAGCCAUAAACUGUCUUAAUCCAUACUUUGCCCAGGUAGGAGGGCAAGGGGUCUGGUGAGGAUUUUGAUGGCCAUCUUUCUUCCAGGCUCAGAGCUUCGUAAGCCAUGUUGUCGCUGUCAUCCCUGCUUUUGAUGGUUGCCUGCUUUCCCCUGGCUGCAAACACUGAAGUGGUGCAAGACUUCAAGAAUUGCCUUGAGUUCUUUUUGGAUAAGUCGCCACCCGGAGAUGCUCUGACGCCGGGCAACCCCGCGAGGAUUUGCCAGUUUUACAACAACGCCUACCGUUUUGCCACCAUGUAUGACCGAGAGAAGCGCAUCCCCAUAUACUCUGCUUACAAAUGCAAACCCGGACAUGGUCCCAGAUACCGAGGUUGGAUGAUUGAGCCUCAGCUUGUAGAUCCCACUUUAGGCAAGAACAUGGAGGACGAGCGUCAAGCCAACCUUCCUGCUGAUAUGAUAAAAAAAACCCAGGCCAUUUUUGGGGAUUACACCCAGUCUUUAAGUAUUGAAAAGGGACAUUUGAACCCAGUGGGCCAUCAGCCUGAUGAAGACAGUCGAGCUGCCACUUCCACCUUGACUAACAUCGUGCCCCAGUUCAGCAAACUCAACCAAGAUUCCUGGGCAAACUAUGAGAACCGUAUCAGAAAGGAAGCUCAGGCCUGCCUUGACAUGUAUGUCAUUGCAGGGGUUGUCCCGGGAAAGGAGUAUCUCUCGGAGCACCGGGUCAAUAGACCUAGCCACAUCUGGUCUGCAGCGUGCUGCGUGAAGGAUAAGAAGAAGAGGGCUUCAUGGGCGGCCAUUGCAAAAAACAGCGAGAAUGAAGUAAAAGAAUGGAGCUUGGAGAAACUACAGAAAAUUCUUGCCGACCUCUAUGGGCGGGAGAAAAUUGAUCUCUUCAACGGCUCCUGUUAAGAGAUACCCAACUGGACCAGGGGUGUGCAUGGGGGGUGGGGGGCAACAAAUUCAAGAUGGUGACUGUGACCAUACCAUUUUUUUUCACAUCAAAGUAGUCCAAAUGUGUAGGAGUAAAUUUCUGUCCUUAAUUAGCCACUGUUCUGUAGGAGAACCAGCAGGCAGAGCUGGGGUGGUGAUGGAGUGAAGCAAGUCAUCAGCCUAGAACCAUUAUGUUCCGACAAACGGUCUAAGUCCACCCCCAAUUCUGUUGACCCUUUCUAGUGCCGAUUUAAGAGUUGAACUUGAGUCGACUUUAUUCUCGUGUGUAGGCUUGAGCAAUAAAUAUUCUCAACUGCAA